AUGCCGCUCCCUCCCCGCACCGCCUCCAUCUCGCGCGUCACCAACGAGACCAAGAUCCAGGUCUCGCUCUCGCUGGACGGCGGCGUGCUCCCUCCCUACGAGCCGUCAGCGCACUUCCCCGCCCCCGAAGACCCCCAGGAAGCCGAGGCGGCGCAGCGCGGCAUCGUGCCGCCCAAGGACGCCGGGCAUGCAACACAGUUCACGCCCACGCAGCAGAUCACCGUGAGCACGGGCAUCGGGUUCCUGGACCACAUGCUGCACGCGCUGGCGAAGCAUUCGGGGAUGAGUUUGGCCAUUCGCGCCAAGGGUGAUUUGUACAUUGACGACCACCACACGACGGAAGAUACGUUCCUCGCGCUCGGCGACGCCUUCACGAAAGCGCUGGGCGCGCGGCAGUCGCUGGCGCGAUUCGGGCGUGGCGACGCGCCUCUCGACGAGGCCCUGUCGUGGGCGGUCAUUGACCUGUCCAGCCGGCCGUGGGCGGUGAUCAACCUCGGGUUCCGGCGAGAGAAGAUCGGCGACCUCAGCACGGAGAUGAUCACGCACGGGUUGCAGAGCUUUGCGCAGGCGGCCGGCGUCACGCUGCAUGUCGGGUGCACGUACGGCGACAACGACCACCACCGCGCGGAGAGCGCGUUCAAGGCGCUGGCCGUGGCGAUCCGCGCAGCAUGCACGCGGCGUGUGGCCGGCGAGGUGGGCGCGGGCGACGUGGUGAGCACCAAGGGGGUUUUGUAA